AAAAACACACCCUUGUUUGUUUUCUCCGUAGGAUACUAAGUAUAAUGGUACCUAUUUUUACAGGAGGCAAAAGUACGAAAAGACUAGCAUUUAGCGAGGAAGGUCACGAUCAAUGAUAAAAGAAAAAAGGAAAGUACUAUCCUCGAAACAAAAAUAACACGUCGCACUUACCUUGUUCGUCGGAGAUAAAGAGAACACUUCCCAUAAGUUGUAUUCUGUUGUAGGUGUUGACUUUUCAUUGUGAAUACAGUCAGAUUCUGCAGGAUUCCCUCUAUGAUCGGCAAAGGAUGGAGACGGACAUUGUUGCGAACCGUGCCGAGAAGGGUCUUCAAGUAUGGUGUAGUACCCUUUGGGUCUCUACUUGCAGCGCGGCAAGUAGCCAGAAAACACCUGGAAACGCAGUUGCGCGAACUCGAAGAAACAGAGAAAUGGUGUCGCCGGAGGAGGGGUACGGGAAAGACCGAACAAGAAGAACAAGGGUUUUUACUAAAAGGAGAAGGAGCGACGAGGACAGACUCAGGUGGGAAGAAAGUAGGAGUGCCUCCUGGCUUCCAAGAAGGAGACGAGGUAGAAAAUGCCAUCCUCGAAGACACCACCUCGUCAAUACAAGGAAUACCAAGAGGACUUCCACCACGAGGAGAAAAGCUCAUCCCUCAACAAGAAGCGCAGCGUCUGCUGGCAAUAGGUGAAAGAUGCAACAUCAUGGGUGAGAUGCGCUUAGACUAUGACAACAUCCGUCGAUGGCACUUGGAGCGAGGUCUCUAUGGCGCAAUCGUCGUUCGCCAGCUAGAUUACGUUGAUGGAGGGUACGUCAAUAUCCUUUCGACGGACGUGGGGGAUUCAAGUGAAGAAAGUGGUUAUUUCGCAGUGCUGGUUCAAGAAGACAAGGAAGAGCAUGAGCAGCAAAAGUCGAAUGGACAACAAGAGCAGCAAUUUUAUAGCGCAGGGCAAGGACACGGACGCCAGGUCUUCUUAACACAACAAGGAACAGCAGUUGUAGAGAAGGCAAAACAAAACUACUUCCAUUUUCAAAAUAACGUCCUACGACACCUUACCACAUCAGCCACUGCAGCCAGUGAAUUGGCAAAAUCUUUGGUGCCUGAGAAUUUCGAGAGGCCUACAGUCGAUAGAAUUCUGGCGGAAACAGAAGCAAUGAGACGUGAGUGCUACUACCUAUACUACGAACUGUGUCCACGCACAGGCAAGCGCUCGUAUGAAGUCUUCAUUCGCGGAACCACGAUUACAUCGGAUUGGCUUCGGAAUCUGAAUAAUCGUUAUGAAGAGGGUGGAGCUUGAACUGGUGUUUUUUUUUGUCAAAUCUGAACGGUCGUUGGGAUUGGGUUGUACGUAUACAUAGAUACUUAUAACGGAGUAGAUAGUAGACGUAGAGCUAGAGGCUGCCUUUUCAUUCUGGUGAAAAGUAGUCGUUGGCGUAGUGAUAGAACAGAAUCCUACUGCACUCAGAGCCGGUCUUGACUCUAACCCAUAAAAAUCUUCGACAAGGAGAUCGGGACCUACUGUCACGCGGGGUUUCUGAGCAAGGCGAACGUCUUGCUACGAGAUUUGGAACCACUACUGCAAGAUCGGGAGGGAGAAAUUCAUCUACACGGCCACUCAUUGGGGGGCGCGAUGGUUAAGGCUUAAAACUAAGUAUGUCGUGAUCUUCGGUUCUAUUUAUUUAAUCUGCCAUAGGCGUUACUCACGCCCGAAGCAGUCGGUUUUAUAUAGCCGCCGCGUCUCUACUCGGGUCGCUACGGAAGCAGGCAGCUCUGAGUUGCUAGUGGUUCGAAUGAGUGAGUGAAUGAAUCAGUUGGACGCACGGACACGAUGAGUCGUUUACAAUCAUGCUCCUUCGUCAAUGAAGUCGAGGCUGAGGAGGAUUUCUCUGAAUAGAAGAGGUUUCACAUUCAUGGAGACACAUCAUGAUCGGACUAGGAGCUUCAUCUACUCUAAUUCCGCAGGCAUCAUCGGUCUCAAGCUCCAGAAACGUGGGUUCCACGUGAAACAAGUGACAACCUUUGGCGCACCGAAAUUCCUGACCAACUUUGGUUAUGGGGGAUUGGAGGAAGAUGGCCCCGGAGGUGAGUUCCUGACCAACUUUGGUUAUGGAGGGUUGGAGGAAGAUGGCCGUGAGCAGAAAGACGAGAAGAAUCGCAAUUUCAUCAACAUCCGAAGUCCGAAUGAUCCAGUGCCGUUUUUGCCCAUAGAAGGCCCUCUUGGCUACAAUUUGAAGGGAGGCUACAUUCCUUUGGGGCGUGGGUUGAAUCUUUUGCCUGGUGGAGGAUCAAAGUCUAGUACCAUUCUCACCGAAGAAACACCCGUCCAUCCAAGUCAUCCAUUCCUACACUGGUUGCGCAGAUGCUUUUUACUUGUACCACUUGAGGAUCAUGAAUCUCAUCGGUUGAAGGCAUAUUUGGAAGAUCUUAGGAUUUUUUGCGCAUCCAAUGUUGUGGAGCCUUGUUUGGCACCUCAAACUUGAGAUGGCUUCAUGUUGUAAUUUUCCGUCUACUAACUUCCUCCGUCACCUUCUUCUACGCAACAAAACAACUUCAGCUUUUUUAAGGCGCCCUCCUGGCGGGAGACGUGAGGACACGGCCUUCGAGAAUUGUACGAGAUGAAAAAUAGAACAACAAAUGCUGCCGUCACAGGAAAAUAAC